AGGCACGCGGUCUCCGGGCCCGGGCUCGGGCGGGCCGCGAUGGUGACUUGGCGGCGGGACGGCCGGCUGACGGGCGGCCAGCGGUUGCUGUGCGCGGGGCUGGCGGGGGCGCUGAGUCUCAGCCUCACGGCGCCGCUGGAGCUCGCCACCGUGCUGGCCCAGGUCGGCGCCGCGCGGGGCCGCGCCCGGGGGCCGUGGGCCGCGGGGCUCCGGGUGUGGCGGGCCGAGGGGCCCCGCGCCCUGUGGAAGGGGAACGCGGUGGCGUGCCUGCGCCUCGUCCCCUGCAGCGCCGUGCAGCUCGCCGCCUACCGCAAGUUUGUUGUGCUGUUCACAGAUGACCUGGGUCAUAUUUCCCAGUGGAGUUCCAUCAUGGCUGGGAGUCUCGCAGGCAUGGUUUCCACCAUUGUGACAUAUCCUACAGACCUCAUCAAAACCCGAUUGAUUGUGCAGAAUAUGCUGGAACCAUCUUACAGGGGGAUCCUCCACGCUUUUUCUACUGUUUAUCAACAGGAAGGGUUCCUGGCCCUUUAUCGAGGGGUUUCCCUUACUGUUUUAGGUGCUCUCCCGUUCUCUGCUGGCUCCCUUCUAGUGUACAUGAACCUGGAGAAAAUCUGGAAUGGACCCCGAGAUCGGUUCUCUCUCCUCCAGAACUUUGCCAAUGUCUGCCUGGCCGCUGCCGUGACCCAGACCCUCUCUUUUCCCUUCGACACGGUGAAGAGAAAGAUGCAGGCUCAGAGCCCCUACCUUCCCCACUGUGGAGGAGUCGACGUCCAUUUCUCAGGAGCAGUGGACUGCUUCCGGCAGAUAGUGAAGGCCCAAGGGGUACUGGGGCUCUGGAAUGGAUUGACAGCCAACUUGCUGAAGAUAGUUCCAUAUUUUGGAGUUAUGUUUGGCACCUUUGAGUUCUGCAAGAGAAUCUGUCUUUACCAAAAUGGUUACAUUAUGUCUCCUCUGACCUAUAAAUUGACCCCAGGGGUGGAUCAGAGUUUGAAGCCCCAGGAAUUACGCGAAUUAAAGAAGUUCUUCAAAACUGGUCGACUAAAGUCUAAAAAGCCAACUCUUUAAAACUGAAUGGAACUAGAAGUGCACUGACUGAAGGUGUGUUGUAAUCACAGAUAAAUGUAGCCUCAUAAUUGUGCACGUGUGGAGCGAUGAGAAAUGCUGCUCUUGGAAAUGAGAAGAUGCAGCUGUGCACCCCCUCUGAGCUCCAGACUGAUGUCCCUGUGAACACCUGCACCAUGGGAAGGUUUCCCAACGUGACCGUCUCAUGAUGGCAUCCACCAGAUUUUAUAACAGAUUUUAUAGCACUAAUGGAAUGUGCAAUUUACACUCUGAAUGUAAACGUGCAAUUUACACGGCACCAAAGAAAGGGCAUUGCCAUGACACCUCAAAGCAACAUGCAGUUGAAGUGGCUGAGCAGAUACCACGUCAGGAGCUCAGCCACAGGGUCACAGCUUACAGUAACCCACGUCAGCCUAGUUUCACUCAAUUUGACCCAAGGCUUCCCAAUACAGUUGUUCUAGAACUCAUAAUUUUUCCUGACUUCUGAGUGUACACACCACAAUGUAAAGUAUGCCUUAUCAGAAACUAAAUGAAAACAUUUAACAUUUAAAAGUUAUCACUAUCAUUGUAGAACCGUCCUUCUUUAUUUAAAUUUGAAGCAUCCCAGCCUUAGAAUCUUGUGUUUCAGGAAGGCAGUAUUUACCAUGACUGCUUAAUUAUGCUCCGAAAGACCUUCCACUUGAAGUCGUGUACAGUUCAGGUGGCCUGAAUUCUCUGCCUUUUUAACUUGCUUGCAAGCCUACCCUGAAAAUAAAUUAUUUAGUCAACUUAAGUUAUUCUCACCAGAUAUCCCGGUUGCCUACAAAGGAUCAAAUAGAACAUUUAGCACACAUACCAAAAAAAAUGUAACUGAAAAACACUUCAGUCAGGCUAAUCAUCUCUACUAGAUUUUUAAAAAAUCAAAUUGCAGAUUGUUCCACCUUGGGGAUUCUAUGUCAAGUUUAUAUAACUAUACUUUUGAGUAGUGCCUAUCUAUGCAUUAAAAAAACAGUAUCCAAUAUUAAGUUGUUAAUUUAUGUAUAUAUAUACACACACACACACACAGAAGCUUUCAAUAUGUUGAAAGUAUUUUUCCCCAUUAAAUUUAUUUUCCAAAGAAAAAUGAUGCAUUAGUCAUUUAUCACUAAUAUGAGUUAUAAAACUAUGGUUAAAUAUAUACUGGCCAAAAUCUUUAAACUCGCAGAACCUCUCAGAGUUGAAAUAUACCAAAAUCACUCAUUUUUCCAACUGCUGUGGCAGACUGCGUUUUAUGGGGAAUAGCAGUUAAUACCCAUGUGAAAAUCUCAUCUGUGGCCCAAUGUGUUUGUUAGAGUUUGGAGGGUGGCAAAUUCUUUACCCAGAGUGAAUAUUUCAUAUUUGUUACUGUUUUCCUUGAGGUGAACAACUUUUUAAAAAGUUCUGAAAUCUGAAAAAAAAAAAAUUUAUUUUUUUACUAAAUCUAAAUCCUAACUUCAGUUUACUUACAUCAUGUUAAUAUCUUCUGUGUAUUCUUCCCCAACUAUUAUGAGAUAGAUAGCUAAGCUCUUGCUACUGCCACACACAGGAAUGUUUUCUGAGCUGCAGUUUUUAUUUUUUUCAAUAAAUUGAAUGGGGGAAAGAAUAUGCCUCAUUUUUCUAAUUUCAGAACAACUCUUUAAAACUCUAGUUCUGUUCCUAAAAUAAACUCCCAGCUAUGUUCAUUU